AUGUUUGUUUUGAAUUCGUGUAUGUGUAUUUACUAUAACUGCUCCAUUGGGAGCUUUUUUCUAGACAAGUCUUCUGGGGAACAGUUUGGCAUCUGUGUGGAGACUUGCAGCCUCGACCCCAACAAUCCCAACGGCUUUGGUGAAUGUGAAGCAGGCUACGUGUGCAAGUCUACCGGAUGUGGGCACACAUGCCAACUUGGUGAGAUUCCUGUCCCUAAUGAUCUCGGUUUGACAGAUUGUGCUCCAGGCUACGAGUGCAAGUCGAACGGCUGUGGAGUUACCUGCCAACCUGGUGAGUGCACUAGGUGCUUCUAUGACGUAACAACCGUAUUUAUUGUGUAG